AUGGUCAGCGAUCACGAGGGGGAAUUUAGUCCGGAAAUUGUGACGGGAUCUGGGGAGGCCGAGGGGUUUGUGGAGACGGGUGAAUUGAUGAAGCCAAUGAGCGACUGGUGGAAUCGGGUCCGCGGUGGAGGAACAAGCAACGCGGCGAGCGAGAGUACGGCGGCUGAGAGUGCAGAGAACCCGAACCAAGUGAAGGAAAUGAACCAUUUGCGCAACGAACUGGACAUGAGCGUGCACAUGACGGAAAAGAGAUGGGGUGUGGGUUUCGGAAGGCACUGGUGCGCGACGACACGAAGAAGUACGAGCAGUCAAACGAUCCCGCGCCGGAACCGGAUUUGA